ACUGGGUUUGGCGGCUGGGCCGAGGCUGAGCCAGAGGCGGGCGCCGCAGCCGCCAGGGUGCCGGGAGGUCCGCGGCCUGGCCGGGCCCUCUCCCUCCCGCACCGCUUCCAGCUGCCGGGUUUGAGUAUCCCCGGUUCCUAACAGGCAGCUUGGAGGUGGCCGCCGCCUCCUCCGGAGCCUGAAAGUCUGCGUAGCGUGGGUGAAGCCAAGGUGUCGCGGUCAAAUCAUCCAGGCACGGCCCUGCGGCAGCCCAGUCCCGUUCACGGUGUUCUGCUAGGGCACGGCUGUGAGGGAUUUACACUCAGCAGUGACCACCGAGCCCCUUUCAAAGGCAGGCGCUGCAUGGCGACUACAAAUCUGUGAUUCUUUAAGCUGUACCUGGACACCUCCCUGCAGAUGGGUUCUCGUGUGCGCACAGGUCUGCGAAACACUUUGGUGUGAGGAAACUCUCCAGGGUUUGAGGCACAUUGCUUCAGUUCAGAGGAGCGCAACUUUGCGCGGCAAGACGUUCUCCUUCUGUAAGAUUACAGAGCCAGCGUUUACUGUGUCCUCAGAAGACCUCAAGAAAGCGUUUCAAGUGUUUAUUCAAGCAACAUCAACAGAGAUCAAGAGGAUUGUUUAUGUAGCUGACACUCCAUGCUGCCCCGUCACAUGCAGAGGCUGGGAAGAGACUGGAUCACCCACUGGAACGGUUCUCAGAUACUCGCCUUGAACAGCCCGGUUUCCAGCUGUAUGAGAUGGGCCGGACACUAUCCCUGGGCCUCGUUUCCACCCCCUGUUCCAGGUGAUUUCUCAGCAAACUGGAGACUCCCUCCAUUUUUUGGGCCUUGGACACAAUUUCAGAACUCUAAUUGGCAGCUUGAUAACUUCAUGCAAAGUUCUUGCUUUCACCUACCUAACCCCAGUAUGAAAUCUGAGGGAGAAGAGCCAUUGACAAAGAAGAGAAGACUCAGUGGCCAGCAUGAUACUUCAACUCCUGAAGAAGAAACAAACUCCUCCAGUCAGAAGGAAGCAUUGUGUCUUUCUGUAGCACAGAAUGAAGAAAAACAGAGCAGCAAGAAAGGAACUGUCAAAAGACAUUGGGAAUAUUUCUGUCAGCACAGUGGAACAAUGAAAAUCUUUGAAAAUAAAGAAACUGACCAAAGCAAUACAGAAAGUGAGGCAAAAUUUGAUUUUACAGUCAUGUCCUACAAUAUCCUCUCACAGAAUUUGUUAGAAGAUAACUCCCACCUGUACAAACACUGCAGGCAACGGUUGUUAAUCUGGACAUACAGAUUUCCCAACAUUCUACAAGAAAUCAAACAGCUGGAUGCAGAUGUACUCUGUUUACAAGAAGUGCAAGAAGACCACUACAGAACAGAGAUCAAGUCAAGUUUGGAAUCCCUGGGAUAUCACUGUGAGUAUAAAAUGAGGACAGGGAGAAAACCUGAUGGCUGUGCCAUUUGCUUCAAAACUUCCAAAUUUCGCCUGAUUUCAUCAAACCCUGUGGAAUUUUUUCGCCACGAUAUUCCACUCUUGGACAGGGAUAACGUUGGACUGGUGUUGCUUUUGGAGCCUAUACUUCACUGUAAAACUAAUGCUGCAAUCUGUAUAGCCAACACACAUCUGCUGUAUAACCCAAGGCGAGGGGACAUCAAACUGACCCAACUUGCAAUGCUCCUGGCAGAGAUUGCUAGUGUUGCCCCUCAGAAGGAUGGUACCUUCUGUCCAAUUAUUAUCUGUGGUGACUUCAAUUCUGUUCCUGGUUCUCCAUUGUACAGAUUUAUAAAGGAAGGAAAGUUAAAUUAUGAAGGACUUGCUAUAGGGAAGGUCUCUGGACAAGAACAGUUUCCAAGGGGACAAAGAAUCUUAUCUAUUCCAAUUUGGCCAAAAAAAUUAGGUAUUUCACAAAACUGUGUAUAUGAAAUAAAACAGCAACAAAAAGAAGGAAAUGCAGGAGAAAAAUUGGAAGCAGCAAAACUGGACAACACUCAGGAGAUUGUAAUAGCAUCUGAAAAGUUGUCUUCAAAAUUGCAGCAUCAUUUUAAAUUGUCUUCAGUAUAUUCUCAUUACUUUCCUGAAACUGGGAUACCAGAAGUAACGACUUGUCACUCCCGAAGUGCUGUCACUGUGGAUUAUAUCUUCUAUUCUGCAGCAAAUGAUGAUACUGCUGCCCAGCCAGUUGCAGCUAAAACUCACCAGAUGGUGCAAGAAAGACAUGGUACCUCCGCGGGUGUGUUUCUUGAUGGGUAACACAGUGCUAUCCUUUACUGCAUUUGUGCUCUUACCGUGGAUACUUCUGAGCAGCGUGCUUUCCCAUGUCAUCAUUAGUUCUGUGUUUUAUGCCGUCGUCAAAGGUCAUUGCACAGUGCAGUGCUAGCAGAUAAAUGGCUGUGCAGAAUUCAGAACAAAGAAACCUGGAUUCCACUCCUGCUCCCGCUAUAGAUUGCAACUGAUUUUUAUAAAUUAACAUUGUUUUCAAUAUAUGAGAUGAAAAUACCACCUUCAUCUCUUAUACCUUGAGACUAGAUUGUUGAAAUUCAUUGAGUCAAUGCACGAAUGUCUCAUUUGUCAUAACACGCACAGUAAAUGCUAUCUUAAUGUAAAAUAUCAAAUACAAAAGCUUCACAACACAAAUAAAAGCUUUGACUGAAAAACUAGGAUAUGAGAAGAAUCUAAAUAACUUCUGAAUGCUGUGUGAUUUCAGAGUGCAUACCUGUGCAAAAUUUAAUCCUAAUGUGCCUGCUUAUGUAUUUUCUUGCACCAUCAUUGUCCCAGCAGAGCUAUAGCACUUUUUUCUUUCUGCACUUGUUUUUCAAAUAGAUUCUUCACCCCACAUCAGAGUACAGAAUGA